GUCAUCUGAGAGUGGCGCUACUUGUCGCACAUUGACAAACAUGUCGCGGGGCAGUAGUGCUGGUUUUGACAGGCAUAUUACUAUUUUUUCGCCUGAAGGACGGCUUUAUCAAGUGGAAUAUGCUUUUAAAGCUAUUAACCAAGGAGGACUUACGUCCGUUGCUGUAAAAGGAGUAGAUACUGCCGUUUUCGCCACACAGAAAAAAGUCCCGGAUAAGUUGCUCGAUGCUUCCAGUAUGACCCACUUGUUCCAAAUUACGGAAUAUAUUGGUGUGGUUAUGACUGGCAUGAUUGCGGAUAGUAAAUCCCAAGUGCAACGGGCUCGUUAUGAAGCAGCCAACUUUAAAUAUAAAAACGGUUAUGAAAUUCCGGUAGACAGUUUGUGUCGCCGAGUAGCUGAUAUUAGUCAAGUAUACACUCAAAAUGCGGAAAUGCGACCCCUCGGUUGUUCCAUGAUCCUGAUAGCAUACGACGAAGAAAAGGGGCCUUGCAUUUACAAAGCUGAUCCUGCUGGUUAUUUUUGCGGCUACAGAGCCGUUUCCGCUGGUUCUAAACAAGCAGAAGCUAAUUCCUAUCUUGAGAAAAAACUGAAGAAGAAGCAAAACUACGAGCAUGAUGAAGUUAUACAGUUAGCCAUCACUUGCCUCUCUACUGUUUUGUCUGUAGAUUUCAAACCGUCGGAAAUCGAAGUCGGCAUUGUCUCGAAGGACAAUCCAAAGUUCCACAUUCUGAACGAGACGGAAAUUGAUAAGCACUUGACUGCCAUUGCCGAAAAGGAUUAAUCGCACUCUAUAUUUGUACUUUCUUGAAAAAUAAACGUUACUCAUAAUACGAGAUUUUUUAGUUUA